UCCCUCCCCUGCAUCGAUCGAUCGAUCACAACAUUUUCUUGAGGUCGAUCAGUAGUACCCAUGGCCGGUGGUGGAGGCGCCGUCGGAGAACACUACAUGCGGGUGAUCCGCGGCGACGACGGGUACGGCGACGACGGCGGCCAGCACCAGGAGAAGCCGGGGGCGGCCGUGUCCGUUGCGAAGGGCGCCGCGGCGGCGGCGGCGGCGGGGUCGAUGCUGGCGCUGGCGGGGCUGACGGCGACGGGGACAGCGCUGGCGCUGAUCGUGGCGACGCCGCUGCUGGUGCUCUUCAGCCCCGUGCUGGUGCCGGCCGCCUUCGCGGCGUCGCUGCUGGCGGCCGGGCUCGCGUCCUCCGGCGCGCUCGGCGCCGCGGCGGUGGGCGUGCUGGCGUGGAUGUACCGGUACCUGCAGUCGCCGUCCGGCGAGCACGCGCCCGCCGGCGCCGGCAAGGUGGAGCACGCCCGCGCGCUGCUCGACGCCAAGGCGCACGACGUUGGGGACUGGGUCCAGCACCGCCUCGACCAGGCGCGCACCUAGAAAAAUUAGCUACGGAUUAGUUCAAAUCAACUCGCCUAUAGCUAGCUGAUGCAAUCACACAUAUGCAUAUGCCUUCGUGUUUGUGUAAUGUUCCGUGUGUGUACAAUAAUUAGUUGCAAAAUGCUGGAUUGCUGGUACGGCGACAUCUGAAAUUUUAUACGACGUCGUGGUCUUAAAUUUUGUCCGAA